CGCCGCGUGAGAUCGGGAGCAGCUAAAAUGGAACCGAUGGCGGGCGUGCGCGCUCGAGAAUAAAGUUGCCGACUUCAUAUCUUGGAAAAACAACCUCUACAACAAAAUUUAAUUUCCCUCUUGAGUUUUGGUCUUCAAGGUCUAAAAUAACUAGAUUGAAAGACCACUGAACUCCACUCUCCACCAUAUAAUUCUGCUCUUUCACAAUUUGCGCAUGAUUGCAGCUGCUGAUGCCGAAAAACACACAUUUUUAUUUUGCAAAUGAUAAAUGUUAGUUGUGAAUUAGAGCAAAACAAAAGGCCGGAACAAUAAAAGACACGCUACACUAAGAUCCACUUAUUAAACAAAUAUUAGGUAACCCUCUCCUCUUUUGAUGUAACCGAAGUAGAGUCAAAUUUCAAGCUGGGAUUUAGUUAACUUUCCGUUUCCUAACAAUACCAAGCAGGUUGAAUAGUCUUAACUCAAAAUGAAAAAAAUAGUAACGAAUUCUUCGGAAAAAAGGCCAAAUAUGUUUUCGUGACUAACAGCUUGUUUAUACGCUUGUUGUGGUCCGAUUUCCUAUCUAAUUAGUAUAUUAGAACAAUGGACUUAACUUUACUUUUCUUUAGUUAAACUUGACGUCCCAGUUCAAAAAAAUAUAAUACACAGAAAAAUACCAACGAUCGGUUUGAAAUAUACAGAUACCUGUCCAAAAGGUCACAGCGAUGGUCUUACCAUUCGGAGGAUAUAAAUUCGAUUCCUUCCCCACUGCUAGGUUAGUUUUGUUUAUUUCGGCCACUCUUGUCAGACAUGGACAACUGGUUUGCCCCUCCCAAAUCGGGGAACGCUUUGCAUGUCAUGAUCAUUUUCCGAUUUGAAUUAGCUGCUUCACUUAUUUGCCCAGCCCGCUAGUGACUCUUUUUAAAUUUGUUUUGUAAAUACCAACGAGAACAAUUUAACGUCAUUCAAGUUUUUGUAAUUAUUUUCGAACAGCUAAAAAAAGCUUUUAUUUUAAAUUUGGUCAGCCACUGCAAUAUUUUAUCCAUUGCUGAAAAAAAACUGGUAAACGCACCUGGCUGUACGUAGCUAUGCAAUAUCGGCAGCCGAAUACUUCUUUUUGUAAAAGUUACGGCACCGAAACCUGCUUUUAAAAAAACUUUUAUAUAAAUAAUCGCACUGCUGUUUGUUGAGCCCAAAUUUCGAACUCUAUGCCGCAUUAACAUAUCAAAUGGAACAUAUCUCUCUUCAAUUUUAACUCAAGAAUCCACUUUUCGUGUCUUUUCAUUGCUGUCAAUAUAGUUCACAAAUAUUUGAAUGACCAACUUCGCCUAAAUGUUCUUAGUUCAAAAUUAAAGCAUUCAGAGUUAAAAGUUAAUAGACUGUAAUGAUUGAACAAAACAAAUGAAUCUUUUUGAACCAGAAUCAGUCUUAAUGUCUGCGAAUAAUCUAGAUUUCAACCAAACUAUUUUCGGAGCCAAUUUAAAUGUUUUUAGAUUGAAAGGCAUUAACUUAAUUAGAAAACAUUUUUAAUUGAACGAAUCAAAAGCUAUUUUUUUAUGAAAUAUAUGAGUAAAAAAAGCUUUUAUUUUAAAUUUGGUCAGCCACUGCAAUAUUUUAUCCACUGCUGAAAAAAACUGGCCAACGUACCGGGUUGUGCGUAGCUAUGCAAUAUCUACAGCCAAAUACUUCUUUUUGUAAAAGUUACGGCACCGAAAGAAAUCCCGCUUUUAAAAAAACUUUUAUAUAAAUAAUCGCACUGUUUGUUGAGCCCAAAUUUCGAACUCUAUGACCCAUAAACGUGUCUAAUGGGACAAAUGAUCUUUCUUCAAUUUUAACCCAAGAAUCCACUUUUCGCGUCUUUUCAUUACUGUUAAUUAACAGCUCACAAAUAGUUGAAUGACCAACUUUGCCUAAAUGUCCUUAGUUCAAAAUUAAUCAUUCAGGUUAAAAGUUAAUGAACUGUAAUGACUGAACAAAACAAAUGAAAUUUUUUGAAUCAGAAUCUUAAUGUCUGCGAAUAAUCUAGAUUUCAAGCAAACUGUUUUCGGAGUCAAUUGAAAUGUUUUUAGAUUGAAAGGCAUUAACUUAAUGAGAAAACAUUUUUAAUUGAACGAAUCAAAAGCUACUUCUUUUAUGAAAUACAUGAGGCAGAAGUCAGUAAUACAUUUUCCCAGCUGACAUGCACUGAAAGCUUUAACUGAAACACAAUACUUAAACACAAGUAAGCCGCAAGAGUGUAAUCCGUAGUCAGUGAUGCUACAAAGUGCCGACAACAAUAAUAGUUUUAAAAACAUAUAUAUUGUGUGGCUGACUCUCAGUCUCAGUACUAAGCCUCUAUUUAUCUGGCUCAGUAUAGUGGUCUGCUGUAAGUACAAGUAAAUCAUAAUAUAAGUGUUCAUAUCAGUAUUUCUUUGUCGUAACUACGCAAUUUCUUUUAAAAAGGUUUUAACCUACGUAUGAUGCGCGUAAUCCAAAAGGUUUUCAGUUAAUUGUAAAUACCUUCAUGAAACAAGGUUCUUAUAGUUAAGCAGCCUUUCCUCACACAACACAGCAGCUUAGCCACAGCCGGAAAACGUGAUGGUCCCUUCCCAGUUCUCUUGUCUUUGUGUGCUAGUUUUAUUGCCUUACAAUUUUUUCGCAGUCGAUGCGUUGAACUAUGUCAGCUUUGAUUCCGAUAAUGGAAUGUUCAAGCUGCAAUGGGCGCAUGACAAAGGCAAGUUGGUCUUCAACAUGACAUGUAAAACUACGGGUUGGUGUGGAGUGGGCUUUACAGAAAGUUCUGACGGCAAAAGGAUGGAAAAUUACGAUAUGGCUGUUGGUGGUGUACAUGUCGCCUCCAACACGCCAUACCUUGAUGUAAGUCUCUCAACCAGUUCUUUAGUUUAUUAUAAAGAUAAAAAUACUCUAAACAUGCGCUUGCAAGGAUAGGAAAACGAUCUGACGUGAUAACGAGUUUAAAAAUCAUUUAAUUAUGACUCAGAAGCUAAAUUUGGCUCGUUUGGCGAAGUCAUAGUUAUAUACAAUAGAGCUCUCAUUGUCUGACUGCCGAUUCCUUACUAACGGUUAUAGACUAUUAAAAAUAUUCAGCCUUACUUUGGUACGUGAGGGAAUCAAUCGGUUCCAAUUAAAGGACCAGAUGCUUUUAGGAGCUACUUUACUUCACCUUCAUAUCCUUUCUUAAGGCCUACAAGUAAGAUUGACAAGUUAGUGAAUGAGCCUUUUCAUCAACCUCGAACCCUGGGGCCUGGGAACAGCUGUGGGAACGAAGCUGCCUUUUCCUGUCGUUAUCCACCAUUUCUCUUUAAUCAAAAACGUCAUCCGGCCUGUAGCGCGUUCCUAACUUAUCUUGCGCGUUAAGACUGUAUGUAUGAUCACAAUAUAUUAAUUAAUGGGAAGAUUGUUAUGUUGUUCGCCAACGAUUAAACAUUUCUUGAUGCAGUUAUUUCUCCGUCAACUGAAAAACUAAAGAGGACUUUUAGUUUUGGAAUCUGUUUCAGCCACUAAUGCUGAUUCAAAAGAGAUCCUUAAAAUAGUUUCUGAAAUAACGCUUUAAUAGCGCACAUAGUGAAAAUUUCAUGCCGCUAAAACUGAAUCUAAACUCCAACAGAGAAAUAAGCGAACUGCCAUCAAGUAGAAAUAUCAUUUAAACACGAAAUAUUCUCUUCUAUUUUAAUUUCUGCCGGCAGGGAUACCAAAGCAUUGGUCCAGGAAUACCAACAAAGGAUCCCACUCCAGAUUACAAGCUCAUAAAAGCCUCAGAAGAGAAUGGAUAUACUAAUAUACAGUUCGAAAGGAUUGAUACUACGGAAGGGGACAGCAAAGAUGUUCAGUUUACGGUAUGAAGCGCAUGUAUUCUGCUCAUUAAAAUAAAGUCGCACAUAAUAUAAGGAAUGGACAGUUUUCUGAAUAUCUGUUCUCCUUUUGAUUUGCAGAGUAACAGUCAAGUUUGGAUAGUAAGGGCUUGGCAUAGCAACGACGCACACUUAGGUCUGAACGCAAACUUAAAACACAGCCACACAGGAGUGUCGACAAAAAGGUAUAACUUGAUCAUGGAGGCAGAGUCGACCACCGUAAAAAACACAGCCAGUGGCAUGCGGAGAAGAGUUGCCACAUUUGUUAUUCUUGCCCAGAUCGUUACGCUUUGUUCCGUUCUAAUUUAGGCCUUUCACAUCGUUUUCCAAGAGCUUGACUGACAAACCGACGAUGAGCUUCAGUCACCGUAUUUCGCGGGCGACAAAAUCGGGAAAAAGCAAAAAAGGAAAUUACCCCUUUGUUUGUUCGUUUAUUUGUUUUUUAUUACUAAACUUCGGCAUUUUGGGGGUACUGGCGUACCAAGAAUAACUCUGUCAGGAGCUCCUGCUCUGUCAGUAAUACCGAGGCAACAGUUGAACUCGAUCCUUAAUGACUGAAAAGUUUUUUCAGACUGAUAUACUAUCGGAAAUCGGUUAAUUAACGAGUUCACAACUUUUCCGUCUUUAUGCUGUCUAUUGAUUGACUACGCAGGAGAGCACCAAUUUAAGCUUAGUCUGAAAUGUCAGUCGUCUCUUCUAUCCCCCCCUUCCCCUAACAGACGGCCGUGGAUUCAUUUGAGCUCAAUGGGAACGAAAACAGCCUAUCAAACAUAUUCCAGUCCACUUUGGGAAGCUUGCAUGUCCAAAUUAGCCCUUAAAGGUGGACGAAAUAGCCAAAUUAGACGCUAAUGGUUUAUCUUUUUUUCGAGACAGCCCAAAGCAAAUUCAGCGCUUAAAACAGAUCUUUUCAGUUAACAGUGUAUGAGCCAAUGAACCGACCGAUGACUGGGAUAAUCAAUCUGGCUGCACAGAAAAUUUAAUUUCCUAGUCUUUAGUGAUAAUAUUCAGGCAACUAUAAUUCUUAAAAAAAUCUCAAACAAUAAGAGAAGAAAGAUUUUUGCUGGGAAAAAGACCAAGUACGUUUACAGGGCUAACACUUUGUUUAUAGUCUUGGUUUUAAUCUCAAGUCUUAUUUCUAUUUCUAUGUGAAUAAAAUAGACUUUUUAAAAUAAGUCUCCUUCGACUGUCCUAGAAUUAAAACUUGAAAAUUAUCAAAGUUUUGUUUGAAAGGUACUGAGCAGCGAGGCCGAGCUAUUAGAGCGCUUGACUCGCAAUCCUGAUUACCCCUGCGCACCUCUGGUUGGAUUUGUUAGUAUCGGCAGUUCAACUACAGUUGAAGCUCUCCUAACGGACACUACACAAAACCCUGUUUUUCUCAACUCCCAUAUAAACUCUGUAUUUUCACAUUCUCGUAAGCAGCUAGCCCAAUGUACGGACACCUUUUUUCUCGUCUUGAGGGUGUCCGCUCACGGUUUCUCCUUCCUGUUAGUUGGAAGCCCGGGUUAAUUGACGAACGAAGGGGUGGGUUGCGAGAGAGGAAAGGGCGGGAGGUGGGAGUUCUAUAAGGGUGGGUAGCGGCAGAAAAAGGGGAAAAUCACUCAACAAUGCUUAAUAUUCUGCAAUCAAAUAAAGCAAAUAAAUAAAGCAAAGAAGAAAGGGGCGGGAGCCGGGAAUGCAAGGUAGGGGAAACGGUCCCGUUCCCCCAAAAAUCACCCCUGCCCGCCCAACCCCGAACAACCUUAUUUUUCAUUUAAAUCAGUUGCACCAAUUAUUUGUUCGGCCGAGCAGAGUUUUGGUUUAUGGACAAACAUGUUCAUUAUAUUGUUUGAAAAUAAUUAUUUCUAUGCGGUUAAGCUUCAAUCUGCAAAUUGGUCAUGGUAUAAUAAUUAUGAUACCAUUGUAAAAGAACUGGACAAAGAGUAAGGCUCUGUAGUCAUGCAAUAUCUACAUCCAAAGUUCUCGUUAAUUUGAAGUCACAACACAAACAAAAAAUCGUGGAGGUAAGUAACUUUUCACUUAAAUAACCAAACCUUGGCAGGCGUAGCCUUGGAAUCUUACCCCAAAUUUCAAACAUGUGAUAAAGGCUAUACGUUUAUGAAGUUAUGAUGCCACCACAAAGAUCCGGUUGGUUUGUUAAGCGUUAAAGUUAUGAUUUAACGGGGACCAAUCGCGAAGGGCAUCGGAUAAAUUGAUUUACAGCUUUUUGAGAAGCAUUGCUGAAAUGAUUUCGAUCCAUUGUAUCAUUUAUUAACCACCUCAGCAUUCACUGAAACCUUCAGAAGUACAAUGCAUUUCCUCAGCCAAAUCUCCGCUGUCUUUGCACUAGCUGUGCUGUCUUUUGCUGCUUGUGCAAGCAAUGUGUUGAACUACUACACCUUCGAUUCUGGUGAUGAAAAUUUUACGCUGCAAUGGGCGUAUGAUGGUGACGAAAAGUUGAUUUUCAACGUGAGCUGCAAAACAACUGGUUGGUGUGCAGUGGGUUUCACCCCAAUUGCUGAUGGAAGAAAUAUGAAGGAUUACGACAUGGCUGUUGGUGGAAUCACUGCUAACAAGACAUACCUCUGGGUAAGCGCGUUUAAACUGCAUUAGUCAACCAGAAUGUCAUACUUUAUUAUCCGUAAUGCGUAAAUAGCAUCUGAGCUUUUAACGAGAACGGAUUCAGGCAAGUUUUAAGACCACAUAAAAUUUCGAUUACAGACAAUAAAAACAGAAAGCUUAAAGAUGAUUACGAGGAUGAAGUUCUCCUAUUCCUUUCAAGACGGAAAAAGACGAAAUCUUCUGUUUGCAAAACAUACUUACAAGACAAAUGUGAUAUCAUAACGCACUGAGGCAGUUCUAUCCCGCCCAGUGGGAUUCAAAAUAUCUUGCUAACAACCCAAUCAGCUCCCAAAUUUCAGGUGGCCAAAAUACGAUUUCAGGAAAAAUUCAAUAACCCAUUUACAAAAAAAUGCAAAUUAAAACUAUCAUGCUGAAAUACUGUUGUUAAAGGUAAGGGCUUAUCUUCGGUGAUCAGUGUUUCCAAGGAAACAAGGUGACCUCUCAAUGCAAGAGAGCUCAUGGCUUUCUUGCUCAAUGUUAUCUUUGCACGUUCGUCUGCGUGAGGCAUUUUGUCUUCGGUAGCCCGAACCAAUUUAUAUGCAUGUUGGUUCGCAUUUUUUAGCAGGAACGAUUUAACCAUUUUCUAUGAUUUUUGGUAUCCUUAAAGCUUUGGGUAAGAAUACCCUUUCAGAUAGGAGAUAGUCCGUCAGCACUCUUCCUACUGCUUUUUUAAGCCGCGGUGAAAUUCAAAGACUCGUUGAUCGGAACACUUGACUUGUCCUGAGAAGCCUCUAGAACAGGCUUGCCUCGACAAUUUCUGAGGAAGUCAUUAUAAAGAAGCUAUGCGCUACUCAUCAUCAGAUUUCCUCGCAAUUUGUCGACACCACAGUCACUGUCCCACCAGGACAAUCUUAGUUCUCGAACUUAUAAUAAUAAUAAUAAUAAUAAUAAUAAUAAUAAUAAUAAUAAUGAUUUUUUCUUUUUUUUAAAUUAAAUUUACAAUUAAUUCGCUUGAAAAAAAGAAAAAAACUAUUCAUUCAAAACACCAUUUACAAUUCCUGUCGAUUUAAAAAGCACUUAAUUUAGCUUUAAAAGAGUUAAUUUAACUAAGAAAAAUUUGUUCGAAUUAAAAGCAUUUCAUUUCAAUAAAAAAAACUGUCAGCCUCUAAAAUUCAAAAGUUUUUUUCAAAUGUUUAAAAAAAAUAAAAUAAAAUAAAAUAAAGACAAUUAAUAAAGAAUCUAUAGCUGUUGAGUCUAGGGAAGUCCUGCUUGACCCUUCUCUAUCUCUAGAUCCCUGUCCUUACUAACGAUAAUAAUAAUGAUAAAGAGGGAGGCUAACUAGCCAUGACGGUUUUCAGUGGGGCCCUCAAAGAUAUCAUCAUCAUCAUCAUCAUCAUCAUCAUCUUCAUAUGAUUAUUAUCAUCACUGUUGUUAUUAUUAUUAUUAUUAUUAUUAUUAUUAUUAUUAUUAUUAUUAUCAUAUUUUAAUAUCUGAGACGGAAGGUUCUUUUUUGUAAUGACCUAAUUUAAAACUCUGGACCACUUGCAAGAUUUAUUGAUCGCAUCUGAGCCGCAAGGAAUGUAUUUGUUAAUCGUUAUUGACACUGUGAUUGUAUUUUUAUGAUUUGUAUAAUUCGUAAUUGCUAAUGCUGUAUUCUUAGUUCAAAUAUUUCUGCUGUAAAUUAUGUACAUAUUUUUAAAAAUGAAUAAAAUUAUUAUUAUUAUUAUUAUUAUUAUUAUUAUUAUUACUAUUGUUGUUGUUAUUAUUAUUGCUAUUAUUAUCAUUAUCACUCUUACUAUUAUUCAUCAUUUUAUUGUCUUUUUUUUGUUUGGUGGCAACUGGCAGGGUUAUCAUGGUCUUCGUCCGGGAGUACCAUACAUAGACCAAACCCCAGAUUACGUUCUUAUCAGCGCUUCUGAAAGCAAUGGUUAUACCAAUCUGCAGUUUGAGAGAGAAACAACAACAGAAGAAGACGACGAUCCUCACGAUGUUCAGUAUCGGGUAAGGAAUACAGCUAUUUCGAGAAAGGUUGUCGGAAAAAAUGCAAGCGACAAUCCCGGAGGGGAUUGUGGGUGGUUUUGAGUUCACUGUUCUUCGGAGAAAUUUGAAAGAAUUGGCACGAAAGGCCAUGGAAAUAUGUUUGCGAGUGCUAAAGGAAAGCAACAAAAGUAGGUUCGACAGCUACAGUCAUCAGGAACAGUUUAUCGAUCAUAUCCCAUAUUACCUUUCAGGAUUGUCGCGUCCACAUUUUUUCCGACAACCUUUCUCGAAAUAGCUGUAUACAGCAAGCUGAUUCAAUAAAGGUUGCUUUGGGCAUUGGGAAUUGGGCACUAGCUAGGAAGCUAUUGUUUGGUGGUCACUCAGGCAAAUAUUUGCAUUGUUCAGUAUGCCCAAAUGAUAAAAUGCCCACCUCCAAUUCCCAAUGCCCAAAGCAACCUUUACUCAAUCAGCUAUAUCGGUAACACCAGAUUACAGUAACAUUUAUCUAUAGGCAGUAAAAUAGCACACAGAAAAAUUAAUCAAAAGAAAAAACGAAAAUAAUCCGACAUGGAUCGUUUAUUUACAUGUCACCACGUCGUCCACAUUGGUGUACAAAACAAUGAAACGGCCAUUUUUUACCGAAACAAAAUUCUCUGGGGAUUGAACUCGUUUUUCAUGUUUAAACUUUCCCUCGAUCAAAGAAAUCAGUUACAUUAUAGCUGCUGACAAAGUAAAAGAAAACGAUCUAUAUCGACUGAAAUUUGGCUUGCUCUUUUAACUGAUCAGAAGCAUAUUAAACCAUUUAUCUUUUUAUGAAGAAAAAACUCCUAAGUCACAAUUCAAGAGCCGCAAGGUAGUAAUCAACGCCUACCACAUAGAACAGCUGAUCGGUAAAACAACAACUUUGCACGUGCAUCGCGUUUGUACAUUUCGUUGCCAUCACUGUACGACUACGAAGCGAAAAUGCAUAAUUUCAUGUUCUGUGGAGGACUUCAACAAGCAUGUUCCUGAGUGUUCUUUUAAAUAUCCCGAACAGUAUGAAUCGCGUAUCUUGUAAGAUGCAAAUUCGAUAAGUAGUACUAUCUAAUGCGCAUGUGCCUCAGCAGUGACCGUGUCCCUUUAUCUGUUGUUACUUUUAUAGGAUGAUACAGAAGUUUGGAUUGUGUGGGCUUGGCGAGACGAAGAUGCAGACAACAAACUGAACCUGGAUUUGAAGCACACUUACAAAAGAGUGUCGUCCAGAAAGUACAAUCUGAUCAAGUUAGCUGGUAGUACAGCCAGCCAGGCAGGAUCAAGCGGUGCUCUGGUUUACGCCUUUUUAGCUUUGGUCAUCUGUACACUGUAUAUGUGA